UCACGCAGGUUUUUCUCUGUGGGUUUUUCGCUUCAGAAUUUGUGUACGAGUGAAUGGUGUAAAUCCUUUUUAUUACGAUUUAAUACAAAUUUAGAUAAAAUAUACAAUCGAGUCUUCUUCCAUUCGUACUAUUCGUAAUUAUAAUCUUUCAUACGACCUAGUCGCUGCUUUCACAUCGUCUUCUAAAGCUUUCGUGCUUUUUGGUAGUUCUAAGUUAAUCCAAUCUUCCCAAAAAUGGAGUGGACGGCACCAGUAAAUGACAUUUUGUCUGAUAAAAUCACUAAGUUGAAUUAUACAUUAAUCCCACCCUCAUUUCAAGGAGAUGUGAGAAGCGUAAGGGUUAUGCAAGAGAGUCUGUCAAAAGUGAUAGAUGCUCUCGGUGAACAGUCUACAGCUGCUCAAGGGUUGAGUAAAGUUAUCACCACAGCAGACAAGCUGAGGAACACACCAACCCAUAUCCUGUACUUAAUGAAAGAUCCCUCGGCAAAUGGAGGCAAAGGCGAAGUGAUAGGUCUGUUGAAGGUGGGCCGCAAACAUCUCUUCCUCUUCGACGAGCAAGACAAGGUGAGGGAGGUGGAACCCCUCUGCGUGUUGGACUUCUACAUACAGCAGGACCGCCAGCGGCACGGCUUCGGGAAGAUCCUGUUCGAUUACAUGUUGCAGGACAACAAUGCUGCGGCAAAGGAUCUAGCCAUCGAUGGUCCCUCGCAGAAGAUGGAGCAGUUUCUACGGAAGAGCUACGGUAUAGAACGUCUCAUCCGUCAGAACAACAACUUUGCUGUGGCACCAGAGUUCUUCAGCACCAAUACCAAUAUGAGUUCGGGUCGGUCCACACCGGCGGUGACACCCGCAGCCGUCGGCCGCUUCGCCGCGCCGAAACCACACUCCUCCAUUGCCAAUGUCAUUCACGGAGGUGCUAAACCAAAUAUAGGAGUUUUCAAAAAUACACCCAAUGGGCACGCGUCUCACGCGGCUUCGCCCGAGCACGAACGUCGGCGUGCGCCUCGACGUGAGCCGGAACCGGAAGUUCCGGAACCCGAGCCGGAAGUUCCGGAACCCGAGCCGGAGGAAGCUCAUGAGGGAGAGGAGCCGGAGAAGAUAAGCCCCGAGCGGCCGUCGACCCUGUCGGUAGAGCCGAUAGCCGAAGCCGAGCCCGGUGCACCAUCUCCCGCCGGCUCCACUAUGUCCCGUCGCGACUCUCAACUCACCGACCGCGGGUACUUCGACGUUAAGUUCUACCACAACAAGCUCUGGUAAAGCCCUACCAAAAGAUACUUUGCUACGGUUCUACCGCGAGCUUCGGUAGAUUUCUACCAAAAAUUUUGGUGUAUUUACCAAAAUUAAUUUUGGUAAAUUUCUACCAAAAUUAAAUUUGGUAGAUUCUACCGUAAUGCUUCGGUAGACAAUUUACUCUCGUUAAUUCCAUCCGCUUCUCUGAUUUUUCAUCUGUAUUUAAACGAUGGCAUUUUAAAUUGAUUUAGUAGCGCCUAUUCAUUAUACAGCAGCAUUUUUACUUAGUACAGGGUGUGAAAGUUGGAUUUUCGAAGUAUGCACGAGCAAAGCAUGUAGAGAAUCCAUUUUAUCGCCCUGUAUGUAGCAUAUUGUUAUUUAUUUUAGAAGGCAGCGUACCAAACAAGAACGUGGCGAAGUUAGGUACCGACUACCGUGUAGCAAAUUUUGUAACUUUACACUCUUUUAAAAGCUUUCAGAUAAGGAUAACUAGGUACCUUUUAGACUGUAUACACUCUUGUUUGGUCGAAAUGGUAUUUUUAAAUAUCUUCUAAAAAUAAGAACUGUGUUAGAUCGAAUGUUUUAAUGUUAUAAUGGGGGAGGUGGGCGAGCUGAGCUUUUCAAAAAACCAUAACAUUGAACAAACUUUCUGAUGAGCUAUCGUCAAAACAUGAACUAAUAGGUGUUGAAUAAACUCGAAACUAAGCGUAAUACCAUGAAAUUAUUAUCCUUUGAUCCUCGUUCAUACUACCUACUCGUAAUGAUAAAGACGAAGUUCAGUCAGUUUUGGGGCUAAGGAAAAAAUAGUAGUGAGCUCGGACAUGUGUGGUUUAUAGGGUUCCGUACCCAAAGGGUAAAAACAGGACCCUAUUACUAAGACUUCGAUAUCUGU